CCGUGACCUAAAACGAAACCAAAUGCACCCCUACCCUACACGCUAAGGUUUAAUCUCCCGAACCAGACUGGACUGUGCGCGAGGUGAGGUGAGGGAGGUGAUGGUGUCAAGUUGUCAGCCUUGCGCGGGAGGCUGAUCUUUACACGUUCGAGAUCAGUUGCUCAUCAACGUAUCUGUGGUCGUGGGAUAUAUGUGGUAGUAUCGAAGUCGAUAUCGAACUGGGAAACGCAAUACUUCGAAUACUUAGAAUACUUUGAAUAGACCAGACCAGACCAGACCAGACCAGACCAGACCAGGGCAAUCAACGCAAGGAAACGACAUCAUGGCCUCAACGACAACCACCACAACCACAGCGGGGACGACGGCGGAUAUAGACGCACUCUUGACGACUUAUCUCGAGCUCUUGCAUACGUACACCACGCUGCGGAGCAAGUUGACUGCGCUACAAUCAUCCACAUCCCUCUCCCUCGCCCGCGCGAACUUCAGUACACCACAUCAGAUGGGUUAUACAUCCGGCAGUAACUCCAAACUACGCGCUUCAGUGCGACUGCACGUCAUUCCACCGGAUGACGAUGAAGCCAACGGCAGUGAGGAAGAGGGAGAGGGAGAGGCGGUGUUCACACUCCACGCCAUCGACCCUGAACCCGCCUCGAAGAAGAAAGAGGGAGAUGAUACGGGUGAUGAGGAUGAGGAGCGUGGUGCAGACGACGAGGAGGGAGAGGAUAUAGAUCCCACACCCUCAACAGUGAAAGGACCGCCGCCACUUCCACACAUAUUUGGCGUCCUAGCCCCGCCCUCCCUACGAGAAGCGCAGGCGUCGGCGAUAGACGCGGUACAGAUGAUAGUCGAGCUGGCUGGUGUCAAGGUGAGGAUGAGGGGUUUAGAAGUUGAGGUGCGUCGUGCGCGGAAACGGGCGCUCAGGGCUGAGAAAGGACGGUAGGGG